AUGUCUUGUCGAGAAAUUCCACGAUGUGAAGUCUCAUUGCACUGUACACCUGAUGAUGCUUGGAUGAUCAUUCGUAACGACGUCAUUGACGUCACAAAUUUUCUUCAGGAACAUCCAGGAGGAUGGGAGGUCCUUCUUGAAUAUAGCGGUUGUGAUGCGACGGACGUAUUUGAAAGUGUCGGACAUUCAAUCGCUGCACGUAUUCUGGCCGAGAAGUACAAGAUCGGUGUUUUACCCGAACAUGAACAAACUCAUACCAAUCAGUACAUUUCUGAUGCUAAGAAGCUUGUAUGCCCAGUGCAUAUUACCGCCGCCUAA